AUGAAGGAUAUCCAGAAAUUGACCAAGUACUUCCAGCCCGGGGGCACGAGCGGCUCCAUCACGGGGACGGCAAUGUCGGAGGUGAACUUCUGGGUCGGCAUAGAGAAGGCGCUUUUUCACGUCCGGAACCAACUGCAAUCUCCGGACGUCGAGUUCACGCUGGGGGUGCUCCGUCUGGGAAAACGGUUUCUGACCAGCGUGUCUUUCGAAUCUGAC